AUGUCUGCUGAAACUAUUUCUUCUGCUCAACUUCAACUCGAUCUUCUUCACUACAAAAGUCUCUAUUCAUUUUUCAAUGCUCAAGAUGUGGUGAAUUGUGAUAAGAAUCGAGAACUCACUGCAGAAUUGAACCAACUUCAAGAAUCAAAGGUCAGUUUUUUUUUCAACAUUCUCUUCUUUUCAAUUCUUAGAAUCUAUUUUUCUAGAAACAUGAUCUUGAAUAUCAAAGAGCCCAACAUUACGACGAAAUGUGCAAUCUUCGCAAAGAUCUGCACCACAAAGCCAUUCAAUUUUUCAUGAAAACUGUAUUGGCUGAAAUGGAUCGUGUUCAAGUUCCACAAGCCACAAUCAACAGAUUCUACGGGAAGCGUAGAGAUAUAGAAGAAAAACUUGGCGAAAUUUUCAAAAUCAAUGAGAGAAGACCAAUGGCAAUAUGCAGAAGAAGAGGAAUUCAGCAAAAUCCGUUUUUAGAUAAUGAAAGAAGAGCCGAGAGAAAGAGAAAACACGAUCAUGUAAUCAAUGAAGAUAAAACCUAUCGACAAUAUAAUGCGGUAAGACUUUUGUUCAAAAAUUCAAACUUGACAUGAAGCUUCGAACAAAACAAAAAUAAUUUUCUUAUAGGAAAAACGUCGCAAGCUGGAAGAAUUUAUCGAAGAGGAAAAACUACGAAAAGCUGAUAAAUAUACAGCCGCACAUGUUGAAAUUGAUAUUCCAAGAUAUGGAGACGAUCAAGCUGAAUAUAGAGAAGAAAACGAAUAUCGACGAAAUAUUGACUAUACUGCUGCUCAUGUUGAGGUCAAUAUUCCGAGAUUUGGAAGUGAGCAAGCUGAAUAUCAAGAAGGCGACGAAUAUCGAGCAAAUGCUUACUAUCCUUCCGAAAAAGAAAAUCAUUACACAGAUGCUAAUGUGGAAAUCGCUAUUUCAAGAUUCGGCGAAGAACAAGCUCGAUAUCGAAAAGGCGAUGAAAAUCGAGCAAAUGAUGACUACGAUUCGGAUAUUGAAAUUAUUUAUGGCUAA